AUGGCCAUUCUCAAAGUCAAGUUCAACUUGCAGAAGCGUGUGAAGUUGGCUCAGGGGCUCUGGCUCCUGAACUGGUUCUGCGUCUUGGCCGGCAUCGUUGUUUUUGGGAUGGGGUUGUUCCUUAAGAUUGAGCUGAGGAAACGAAGCGAAGUGAUGGACAAUGCGGAGAGCCACCUAGUCCCCAACUCCCUGAUCCUGGUGGGUGUGCUGGCCUGCACCAUCAACUGUUUUGGUGGCAAGUUUUGCUAUGAUUCCCUUGACCCUGCGAAAUAUGCCCGGUGGAAACCUUUCCUCAAGUUUUACCUUGGCGCCUGUUUGUUCUUCACUUGCCUGACCUUCCUGUCUGUGGUGCUGAGCUUUCUGAUGAAGAUCUAUAUGGAGGAUACUCUGGCCAAGGGGCUGAAGAAUAGCAUGAAAUAUUAUCGAGACACCGACACUCCGGGACGAUGCUUCAUGAAGAAAACUAUCGACCAACUUCAGAUCGAGUUCCACUGCUGUGGCAACAACGGCUUCAGAGACUGGUUUGAAAUCCAGUGGAUCAGCAAUAGAUACCUGGACUUCAGCUCUAAGGAGGUGAAAGACCGUGUUAAGAGCAAUAUCGAUGGGAAGUACCUGACGGAUGGGGUCCCAUUCAGUUGCUGCAAUCCAGCCUCCCCUCGACCCUGUAUCCAGCAGCAGAUCACCAACAAUUCCGCCCAUUACAGUUAUGAGUUCCAGAGCGAGGAGCUCAACCUCUGGACUCGAGGCUGCAAGGAAGCUCUCCUCAAUUAUUACACUAACAUGAUACAAUCCAUGGGAGCACUAGUCCUAAUCCUGUGGUUACUAGAGGUGACUGUGAUGGUUGGGAUCCAAUAUUUGCGCACAGCCCUGGAUAGCAUUGCAAAUCCUGAAGAUCCUGAGAGUGAUAGUGAGGGUUGGUUAAUGGAGAAAGGUCUGAAGGAAACACUUAAAUCUCUCCUGGAAAGUGUAAAAGAGCUGGGUAAGUUCAAUCAGGUAGCUACUGCUGAAGAGGUGAAAAAGGAAGAGGGCACGACUGUUGCCACAGUCAGCUGAAGAGACAAACAACAAGUUGCAGGAGAGGGGGAGAAACAAUUUAGACUAUGAAGGAAAUGAAAAUUGAAUGAAUGUACAGUACAAAUGAAAUGAAUAAUUCCCUUUGUUGUUUAAUAUAAAAGGCAUGUACCCCAAGGACUUUAUUUUCCUGUAUUUGCCACGCGUAAUCUAUUAUAUUGUAUAAACCA